AUUUAUUUGAAGUGUCAAAAACGUAGCUGAAGUAGUGGCUCUCUUAGUGCCGUAGAAACGGCGUGGUAACCUGGUCUGGGGCCGGGGGUUCAUGACCGACGGUUCGAAAAUGGACUCCGCUUGUGUUUGCGCACUAGGCCUAUGCUUACAGUGGUGGUAAAAACUAAAAAAGAAAGAGAAAUGUAGUUUUAGUGGAAAAGUGUCACCAGUAGUGAAUGUAUACCCUCCCAUCUCUCCAUAGCGCGGUCUAGUUUGAGUGGCCUUUCCGCCGUUCAGCAGGUUAAUUUUCAUUAUUACUUUACAGCCUGUACACUUUUUGUUCAACUGUCUAGCUUCUAAACUUUUUUACCAACGUAAUUUUGUUUUUACGGUGAUUUCUGGAAUCAUGGCCACUGAACACAUUAAUGGGAAUGGUACAGAAGAACCUAUGGACACGCCUGCUGCAGUUACCCAUUCUGAGCACUUCCAGGCUUUGUUAGAAGCUGGUUUACCACAGAAAGUUGCUGAAAAACUAGACGAAAUUUACCUAGCAGGUUUGGUAGUACACAGUGACUUAGACGAACGGGCACUUGAAGCUUUGAAAGAGUUUAAUGAAGACGGUGCUCUGCAAGUACUCCUGGAGUUUAAGGACAGUGACCUUUCACAUGUACAAAACAAAAGUGCCUUUCUGUGUGGAGUAAUGAAGACCUACCGGCAGCGGGAAAAACAAGGGACAAAAGUAUUGGAAAGUAACAAAGGACCUGAUGAAACCAAAAUCAAAGCCCUCUUGGAGAGAACUGGCUACACACUAGACGUGACCACAGGUCAGAGAAAAUACGGAGGUCCCCCCCCAGAGUCUGUGUACCCAGGAACACAGCCCCCAGUGGGCACAGAGAUAUUUGUAGGCAAAAUCCCAAGAGACUUGUUUGAGGAUGAGCUUGUUCCACAGUUUGAGAAGGCUGGGCCCAUAUGGGACCUGAGGCUAAUGAUGGACCCCUUCAGUGGGCUAAACCGUGGAUAUGCCUUCAUCACUUUCUGCACUAAAGAAGCUGCUCAGGAGGCUGUGAAGCUGUGUAACAACAGUGAAAUACGGCCUGGCAAACACAUAGGAGUCUGCAUAUCUGUCGCUAAUAACCGGCUCUUUGUUGGCUCGAUACCCAAGAAUAAAACGAAAGAGCAGAUCUUGGAGGAGUUUGCUAAAGUCACAGAGGGUCUCAGUGAUGUAAUAUUGUACCAUCAGCCCGAUAACAAGAAGAAGAACAGAGGCUUCUGUUUCUUGGAGUACGAGGAUCACAAAACUGCUGCCCAAGCGCGACGUAGACUAAUGAGCGGGAAAGUGAAGGUGUGGGGCAACGUGGUGACGGUGGAGUGGGCCGAUCCCAUUGAGGACCCAGACCCGGAGGUCAUGGCCAAGGUGAAAGUUCUGUUUGUCCGAAACCUUGCCUGCACAGUAACUGAGGAGAUCCUUGAGAAAACAUUCAGCCAGUUUGGUAAACUGGAGCGGGUAAAGAAACUGAAAGAUUACGCCUUCAUCCACUUUGACGAGAGAGAUGGCGCUGUGAAGGCGCUAGCUGAGAUGAACGGCAAAGAUGUGGAAGGAGAAAGCAUUGAAAUAGUUUUUGCAAAGCCCCCCGACCAGAAGAGGAGGGAACGCAAAGUCCAAAGGCAGUAUGCUAAAACAACAAUGUAUGACGAUUACUAUUACUACGGCCCAUCUCAUGUGCCACCUCCUAUGAGAGGCAGGGGCAGAGGAGGAAGGGGGGGCUACUCCUACCCUCCCGAUUACUACGGUUACGAAGACUAUUACUACGACUAUGGCUACGAUUACCACAACUACCGCGGCGGCUACGAGGACCCCUACUAUGCCUUCGAUGACUAUCUGGUCCCCAGCCAAGGGAGGGGUUCCCGGGGUGCCGCCCCGCUCCGAGGCCGUGGGGGGGCUGCCACAACACCGCCGAGGGGAAGGGCCGGCUUCUCGCUGCGGGGCGGCCCGGGUCCGAGCAGAGGCAUGCGAGGUGCCAGAGGGAGCAUCCAACCGAGAGGCCGCGGGGUACGUGGUGCGAGGGGCGGCCGCGGUGGAGGUGUAGGAGGCAAGCGCAAAGCUGACGUUUACAACCAGCCAGAUUCCAAGCGGCGCCAGACCAAUAAUCAGAACUGGGGCUCCCAGCCCAUUGCUCAGCAGCCGCUGGUGCAUGGUGGUGACAAUUCUGCUAACUAUGGUUACAGACCUGACAACCAGGAAUUUUAUCAGGAUUCUUUUGGGCAACAAUGGAACUAGAAGAUUAGGGCUCCAAUUUACAGAAGUGUGGUGUAGAGACUCGGGAGACGGUCUCUGACUGACCCCACCCUUAAAUAUGAACAGUUGCCACUUAUGUUGGUGUUUUCUUUUUGUAUUUUGAUAAUUUUUAUUUCUUUUAAUUGGUGACAAGAUUCCACUUGUAUAUAUUUUAUGAAACCGCUUGGACUGAACAGCAGAUACACUCCACUUCUGACGAAUUGAAUUUUACCAUUUUUUUUUCCGGGUAUAAAACAAUAAUUAGGUCUGAAAAUUUGCAGACUUGCAUUCCUGUGCUGAGGCUCAGUCUUUAUGAAAUAGUCUUAUGUAUGUUCAAAAAAAUAAGUAUUCUCCACAUGUCCUAAGUAGGUUAACAGCAAAAAAAUACAUCAAUUUAUUGUAUCAAAUAUAAAUAACCAUGUUUGUUACAACAAUAACAUUGCUAGAAAAUAGCUUGUCUUGUUCUGUUUUUUAAUAAGGACGUUCAGUCCUAGUUUUGGCUUGUAUUCUUUGCUGUUUGUCUGCUUUAAUAAAAGUACACAAGUCAGUGUUAAACUACAAAUUGUGUUUUCAAAUUCAUGUUUGGGCAAAACUCUUUUCUCAAUUUGCAUUCAGUCGUUCAACUCCAUGCCAAAAGAUGGCAAAUGAAGGUUUGCACGUAUUGACGUGCUGUAAAUGUCACCUCGUAUACCAUUAUAAAUUUUUUUAAAAACUUAAACUGAAUUUAAGUAAAAUUAAAUUGAAUGUUUCUUAAAGCAUCAUUUUCAGUUAUCACUUUAGAAUUUCAGGAUCUGUGUUUACCCAAAUGCUAGUAAUGUACUAAAUUCACAGCAAUAUCGAUCCUAUACAAAAAAAGGACCAAAACUAAAUUUGCCAUCUGGAUUGAGUACAACUGCCUAACAUUAAACAAUUUCUAAUUUCUAAGUCGUCAAAAGCACAGUUUGAUAAUGAGUCAUUUUAUAAGUUGAACCUGGUUGGAGUGCAUGAGUUCAGUGCCUGUCAGCCUUUUUUAUUGAUAUUUGUAUGUACUACAGUAGCUUUUACACAAGCCUGGCUAAAAUUGUCCUUCAAGAAUAAAUCAGCAUGCUAGCUAGUCGUGUUAAAAUGGCUUUGGUGCAGAGCUGCUCGUACUUUUUAUGAGUGUUUUUUUUCUCUCCUAUAUGUGUGUGGGUGGGUGUGUGUGCACGCACAUGUGUGUUGUGUGGGUGUCUGUCGUGGAUUUUCUUCUAAUUGCAUCCUUUUGUCACCUGGCUAGCAGGAUAAAAGGGUCGAGGCCGGUCCUGACCUGUAACUAUGAAGACUGACUUGUUACACCGGAGGCUGCCAUUGGAUGAGAUGGUAAGGUCGACGCGAUGGCUCAGCAGUCUUACAGAGCAGUCUGUCCAGAGCCAUCAUAGUACAAUGAUCAAGAUGCUACUUCCUUGGACUUUUCUUUAGCUGCCACUUGUGUCUCCCUUUGACCUUUUAAAAAUACCUUUUAAACUAUCAGUUUAAAUCUGGGGAAUUCCACUGAGAUUUAGUCUGUUCAUAAGCUUGAACUUCUCGCUGCGAUGAGCGAUCAACAUCUGGACAUUUUCCCUCGGCCUUGCUGUUUUUUACCUUCAGGUGCUUCAAGGCAUCUUGGGAAAUGGGUGUUUUGAAGCUUAAAAGGAUGCAGUUCCUGUCUUGUAAAUAUUACAAUAUAGGAAAAGUGGGACUACGUACAACAGGUGUUGACUUCCGAGAUCAGGUGAAACAGCGUACCAGUUCUCAGUUCCAGUCAUGUAUGAGUACGUAGACACACACACACACACACAAUAUAUAUAUACGCAAUACACACACACAUUCUUUUUUGUUUUGAGUGGAAUUUCCCCUUUUAUGAUGCCUGAAAGGAACCUGAGACUGAAAAUGUAAGAUGCAUUUUGCACUUAAGUUUGAAUUUAUUGUGGCCUGGAGGAGCUUGACGGUAUUUUUGCUGGAAUAUCCACUUAAUUGUUUCGUUUUGGGCACCUUUGGGGCAAAGAUUGGUAGAUCUGGGUGUAACCAAAAGGCAGGAAUAGUCAGGCAUUCCAGGAAAGUGGUUCUUUUCAGAACUUUAAGGGUCUGUUUAACUACCUCAGUAUGGAGGAUUUAAACUGCCUGGGGUGUGCUGUAAAUAGGUGACUUUACUGAUGAAAGCGGGGCUUGUUCAUCCAUAUUAAAUAUGCACAAGGGUGACAACAGAUACACUGUUGGCCCAACGCUACAAACAGUCAAACUGGGCGUGUGAAAUGGUCUCAUGUGAUGAGGCAGAACAAGCCUUGCUUCCAUCAUUUUAACUGAAUUGGCUGCCUUGCUUCUUCAGGUGAAAUAAUUAUGGUCAUAUGACAGUUGGGGGGGAGGGGGGGGGGCUACACUUUUGUAACAUCCUAAUGACAUUGACUGCUUUUAAGUCUUGCAAUGUCCCAGUUUUUUCCAAUGGAAGAGUGUUUUCUUUUUAAUAAACCUUUUUGUAGUAUUAACGUGUUUUCCUUAAAGGUUGCAUACACAGUUGUAAGAACCAUUGUUUGUUCAUAGACUUGUCCUAAUUCAACAUGACUCUGGCUAACAUUCUGAUAUCCAAGCAACGACAUUUUUCAUUUUUUUUUUGUCUGUUAAGUACCCCUGAAUAUUGUGUUAAUGCAUACCGUGCAGGCAUUACACUGUAGCAGUAGACUGGACAAGGCUGUUUGGUCAUCCAGUGCACUCCAGCUUCUGUUUACACUUAAAGUAUUGUAUUCAAACUUCAUACACCAAUGACAUCCUCCCUAUAAGUGUCACCACAACAAGCAUUUGCUUAGGGCAAUAUUACCAGUUGUGAAUAUUUGGUGGCCAACAACUUUUGCAUUCCUGCAGACUGUUUUGUACUGUUAGAUGAAGUGAGUGUAACUUAUUUUUGUAAUAAAAAUUUUGAUUUUU